AUGCUCAACAGGCUUCUACGAGUGCCUGCUGUGGCACGUGCCACGCCCGUGAGACGUCUCAAUGUGCCUUUCCAAGAUGAUCUUACGCCAGCAGACGACGAGCUUUUCAAUCUCGAGGGGUUUAGAGAGUAUAAGGAGCUGCCUGAGGUGAGAGCGUACCGAAAGCUGUUGGGGUUUGUGGAGGGCGAAGAAGAGGAGCAAAAGGGUGGGAGACCGGUGGAGCCGACAGAAAUCGGCACUUCGCUUGCCCUGGUGGCCCAGAAACCUUCGCCACUAGUGUUUGUGUCGAAAUUGACCAACCCUUACCUUAACUUGGCCAUAGAGGACUAUGUGUAUCAUAAGAUGCCUGUUCCUGGAGCUGGCGAGGCCAAUUGCAAUAGACUUAUGUUUUAUGUGAACACGCCGUGUGUGGUUAUUGGGAAGAACCAGAACCCGUGGCGGGAAGUGAACAUGCCGUUGCUUAAUUCGCUUAGACUACCGUUGGUCAGAAGACGGUCUGGGGGCGGUACGGUUGUUCAUGAUACUGGAAAUGUGAACUACUCGUUUAUGACUACGAAAGAACGGUUUGACCGUAAGGCGUUUGCGUCUGUGGUGUGUGAAUCUGUCAACGAAAUAGCUGUGCCAGAGAAACAGAUCAUGGUUACGGAAAGAGGCGACAUUGUCACGAUUAACGACCAGCUAAAGGUAUCGGGAUCGGCUUAUAAACUUACCAAGGGCCGGCUGUACCAUCACGGAACGAUGCUUUUGGACCUGAAACUAGAUGUGCUUCGCCAGUUGCUUCAUAGAGACGAGCUGGAGGUUGGCACUAUAGAAAGCACGGCUUCGGUGGCUUCCGUGAAGUCUCCAGUGACUAAUCUACAUCUUAAGAAGGAGGAUUUCAUUGAAACAGUGAGUGCUGGGUUUAGGAAUGCUUACGGGACGGUUAAAGAGUCCUCUGAGGAGAAAGAACCAGAGGAUAUGAACGAAAACGAGUUUCUCGGGCUCCAAGACUUUGUCAAUGCCUUUUCAGAGCGUGAAUGUGAGACGUUUGUUGUGGACGAAAAUACUGAGUUGCCCCAGGAGAUUGAAGAUAUGAAGAACGAGCUCACGCUGUGGGAAUGGAAGUUUGGCUCCACUGCAAAGUUCACCCAUCGUUUUGUGCAUCCCAAGAAGGAUUUGAAGGUGGAAUUUGACGUUGUUAAGGGCAAACUAGGAGGGUUAAGGGUCCAGGGAGACGAGCACACCAAGGAGGCAGUUGAGUUUCUUGAGAUGAUGUUACAACGAGGCGAUGGUGUUCCUUAUACGGGAAGCGACGUUGCCGGGUUUAUCACUGACGAUGAGCUCAGCGAGUGGAUUGGAAACGCCAUCGAUGGGCUGUCAUAA